AUGACAAGCGCCCCACAUACAUAUGAGCUUCACGAAAACGCCGAUCCUGCAAUUGCUCUGUUUGACGUAACAGCCACAUGUGACAUCACCUGGACAUGUGGGUCCUACACGUGCUCAGAUUCCGUGUCAUGCGACAACUGUUGGGUAGAAAAUACCGACAAUCUAUUCUAUGUUAGCGGUAUGACAGUAUACAAGAAGGAAUGUCUGAAGAAACUCUGUAAUACAUGCAGUAUUACUGACUUCUGUGCAACCGGUAACACCGAGUAUACCUAUACAGUUUACUGUGAUAAAAGAAACACGUGGAUCGAUCGCCCAGGCUUUACUACUGGUACAGCCAGCGGAACUCACAAACUCAAGUUUAAGGCUGAUAUCGAUCCGCCAUUUAUGUUUAAUGACAAUUUCAAAAACUCUAUCACGGUCGGCAGCAGCAUUGAAGGGGACGGGCAGAAGGUGAAUCAAAUAAUAUCAAACCCAAAGAAUGAAGCCAAUGACCACGACACUAUUAAAUUCUAUAUUAACGAUGGUUACCGUGCAUAUUGGCUUACUGUGGAAGAAAAUACAGGUUACGUGAAGGUCUCCUCUCCGUUAACAACCGAGACAAAUCAAAUAUUUAGAACAGAAAUGUGUGCAGAAAAUAGACGAGGACUCAAGGCUUAUUUCACUAGCCUCACUAACGAGCCUUUCGACACCAUUCUUCAUGAGAACACAGACGCCAAACGCUACAUCUGGAACGUCACCGCUACAUGUGACAUCACGCACACGUGCCAUGCUGAGUUCACGUGCUCCGAAACACACGCAUGCGAUUCUUGCACGGUUUAUGACUCGGUGGAAUUACUUGGAAUCGACGGGUUUCGGGUUUACAAGCGCGAGUGCAACGACAAGUUCUGCCACAAAUGCGGUAUCCACCAACACUGCGUCAACGCAGGAGAAGACUACGAUUACAUAGUCUCGUGCAAGAAGCUUCAUAUUGGCGGAUACACUGAUUUCACGUCGGGGACAGCAGUUCUCAAAAGAAAUUUGUCGUUUAAAUCGGACAUAAUACCACCGUUUAAUUAUUCUGAGGGCUACAACGUUACAGUUUUCAAAAAUGACUCGACGCCCGGCAAGAUCAUCAACAAAAUCAUCUCUAACCCGAUCGAUGAAACGGAUGACAACGAUAGGAUUUUCUACUACCAUAAAUCUGGUCCAAGACAAUCUUGGAUUCACUGGAACAUCCUGUUUGAACUCGACAUUAACACUGGAUACGUGAAGCUAAUAGAGGACCUCGCCUUUGAGUUUUCAUACACAUUUGAGAUGGAGUUGUGUGUUCGAAACAGACGAAACUUUACGAACUGCGGACUCUUUGGAAUUGUGCUUUGGUCCUGCUACCAAACACCGAACUGUACAAAUCAGACGAUUCCGAAUCUGUGGGAUACACAUGGGAUAACACAUCACAAUCCGAAUAACUCAUUGUUCAAAAUGAUAUACGAAGAGCCAAAUAACCAUUUCCCAAAUUUCAGAAACAACUGGGCUAAGUUGACAUGGUAUCUGGACAACGGAGGAUUUAAGGAAGCAACCAUUAACCCUUAUACAGGUAAUAUGCUUUUUUCGGACUAUGUAUAAACAAUCUCAUCUAUAAUAAACGUUUUAAGCGGUUAUGACAAGUAAUUUUAAAAAAAUGUUU